AUGCAGUUCUGGGAGAAGAUAAGAAAAGGAACACUACCGCUGACAGUGAGCCGAGGAGUUGUGUGGGAUAUGCAUCAGUAUUACUGUCUUUUCAACAGCUGUCGAGUGCCAGAGCUACCGAAGGAUAAGAUCUACCGAUACUUCAGAACAGAAGCAGAAGGCGACUGUCCAACGCACAUUACCGUACUCUGCCGCGGUAACAUAUGGCGGGUGGAGAUGGUAAGGAAUGGGUCACUACGAACACCCGACGAGCUCCAUCAUGUAUGA